GUGCCAACAUAUGAAUACUAUGGCUUUGCCGUGUAUCUCGGCAGCACUGCACUCUUCAUCCUCUAUAUAACCUGGGCGCUGCUUGGACCGGAACGCCUGGAACGCUGGAUCGGCGACCUUGGCUAUCCAUCACCCUGGUGGGCAACAGCUAUACCAGCUUGGUGCGUGGUACUCCUCUUAUACAUCUACGUGGCUUUGGCGUGCUACAACAUUCAGGUAUUGACGCCAAAGCUCAACGACACGAGGUGCAUGACAGAUUCGCAUGCG